AGCCCUGCUCGCCCCGCGGGGCUCGGGCGCGCCCUCGGGCCCGCAGGACCCCACCAGCCGCUGCUACUACUUGUGCCGGCGGCCACGCGCUAGCCCAAUUGCAGGAGCGUUCGCCUUUGCGCCUCCUCUUCCCCCUCUGCCCUCCCUCUCGCCCCGAGAGGAGGACCUCCCGGCCCCAGGCUCCGGGCAGCUUUAUUCCGCGGCCCAGGGUGAUGCACUUCCACGCAAACUGCCUCGCUCUGGCCACCGUGUCCACCCAGGCGCAGGCACCGGAGGGCUGUUUUCCAAGUUACAGUUUUUAAUUGCACCUGCCAGGAUUACCUCUGGGAGUCUGUGGGAGGAGCCGAGAGGUGGAAAAUGUUGCUUGGCUUUGCAGAAGGAGGAAAACUUUGUCACCCAGCAGACCUCUGCCACGCGUAACCUGAAGCAGUGCGGGCCCCGGCUGCACGCGAUGAUCCGGUAGGAGGAGGAGGACACUCCGGCUCCGCGCUCUCCGCUGCCCGCCCGCCCCUCGGGUGGCGCCGCGCGUGGUACCUGCUGCACCCGCCCUCCCCGCGGAAGUCCCCACGAGGUGUCUUCAGACUGCAAGGACAGUCCUAAUCCUAAAGAACGCGCGGCCCCCGUGUAACGGCAGCACCCGGGGAGGUCGGGAGGGGACGGAACCCCGGGGGACGAGGCUCCAGGAAUCAACUUCUGGCUAAAGUUAUGGGAAGCGCGGCCAUGGACAUCAAGAAGAAAGAAGUUUCCAGCCCCGGCGGGAGCGGCAAGAAGAACCCCAGCCUGAAGCGGAGGUCGCUGCGGGUGCACAUUCCGGACCUGAGCUCCUUUGCCAUGCCGCUCCUGGAUGGAGACCUGGAGAGUUCAGAAAAGCAUUCAUCUCGGAAGGUGGACAACCCCUUCAGCUCAGGGAGCCCUUCCAGAGGACUCUUCUCCAGGGGUGCCCAACCUCGGCCCUCCAGCCCUGUGUCUGCUCCCAUGAGGCCCAAGACAAGCCCUGGCUCUCCCAAAACUGUGUUCCCAUUCUCCUACCAGGAGUCCCCUCCGCGCUCCCCACGCCGCAUGAGCUUCAGCGGGAUCUUCCGUUCCUCAUCCAAAGAGUCUUCACCCAACUCCAACCCGUCUACCUCACCCGGAGGCAUCAGGUUCUUCUCACGUUCCAGAAAAACCUCCAGCGUCUCCUCUUCUCCAUCGACACCCACCCAAGUGACCAAGCAGCACCCGUUUCCCCUCGAGUCCUAUAAGCAGGAGCCUGAGCGUCUAGAAAACCGCAUCUAUGCCUCCUCAUCCCCACCGGACACAGGCCAGCGCUUCUGCCUCACCUUUCAGAGUCCAACUCGGCCUCCGCUGGCAUCUCCCACACACCAUGUUCCCCCCAGAACCGCGGCGCUGGCGGCGGCCCCGGGACCCGCGGAAGCCGGCAUGCUGGAGAAGCUGGAGUUCGAGGAGGAAGCAGAAGACUCAGAAAGUGGCGUUUAUAUGCGAUUCAUGAGAUCACACAAGUGCUAUGACAUCGUUCCAACCAGUUCAAAGCUUGUUGUCUUUGACACCACGUUACAAGUUAAAAAGGCCUUCUUUGCCUUGGUAGCAAACGGUGUCCGCGCAGCACCACUGUGGGAGAGUAAGAAGCAGAGCUUUGUAGGAAUGCUCACGAUUACAGAUUUCAUAAAUAUACUCCACAGAUACUAUAAAUCACCUAUGGUACAGAUUUAUGAAUUAGAGGAACAUAAGAUUGAAACGUGGAGAGAGCUGUAUUUACAAGAAACCUUUAAGCCUUUAGUGAAUAUCUCUCCAGAUGCAAGUCUCUUCGAUGCUGUGUACUCGUUGAUCAAAAAUAAAAUCCACAGAUUGCCAGUUAUUGACCCCAUCAGUGGGAAUGCACUUUAUAUACUAACCCACAAAAGAAUCCUCAAGUUCCUCCAGCUUUUUAUGUCUGAUAUGCCAAAGCCUGCCUUCAUGAAGCAGAACCUGGAUGAGCUUGGAAUAGGAACGUACCACAACAUUGCCUUCAUUCACCCGGACACACCCAUCAUCAAAGCCUUGAACAUCUUCGUGGAGAGGCGAAUAUCAGCUCUGCCUGUGGUGGAUGAGUCAGGAAAGGUUGUAGAUAUUUAUUCCAAGUUUGAUGUAAUUAAUCUUGCUGCUGAGAAAACAUACAAUAACCUAGACAUCACGGUGACCCAGGCCCUACAGCACCGCUCACAGUAUUUCGAAGGUGUCGUGAAGUGCAGUAAGCUGGAAACCCUGGAGACCAUCGUGGACAGGAUAGUCAGAGCCGAGGUCCAUCGGCUGGUGGUAGUAAAUGAAGCGGACAGCAUUGUGGGUAUUAUCUCCCUGUCAGACAUCCUACAAGCCCUGAUCCUCACACCAGCAGGUGCCAAACAGAAGGAGACAGAGACCGAAUGACCACCAUGAAUGUAGAUGCCCUCGCAGGAGAACUUGAACAAAGUUUUUGGGGUCACGUUUGCCUCAUGAACACUGGCUGCAGUUGAGAAUCCGUGUAUAUCAGGAUUUUGUGAUGGGUAUUUUUCCAGUGAUGUAAGCAUAGAAAAAGAUUUUUAUGUGCUUGAAGAUUCAGGCUUAUGUUCAAAGACUGUUUUCAGACCUCUGUCUGAAGGAUUUUAAAUGCUGUAUGUCAUUAAAGUGCACUGUGUCCUGAAAUUAUUCUUACUUUUCAUUUCAAAGAAUUCACUGGGAUGGAACAGGUGACAUAAGGUGAGUGCACGGCAUGUUCAGAUCACAGUGCCUUAUGUCCAAAUACAGCAAUAGUCAUCGCUGCUGCCCACCCCACCCCAAGAGCACACGCGGAGAGACACCGAGCUUGAAUGUGGAAGUCUUCGAACCUUUCCCCCAAAUCAGGUUAUUUUCACGAGAUGUGUUGAAAAGCUGUCCUUUGGAUAUAAGCGAUCCCUUUACAACUUUGGAUGACACAUAUGUUCUUGGUGGCUUGCUCCAAGCUGCUGUGUCCACAAGGCUGGCUUCACAGCAGCAUUUUAUUUAUUUUUACUUAACAUGCAGUUUUUUUACACAGAAUCUUUGGUGAAUGAGCUUCACCAUAUCCAUGAAUAAACUAUUGGUUGUUCUCUUAAAUGACAAAUCUCUCAUUAAGUUUGGAUCUGGAAAGAAUACAACUUCCAAAACAGCCACCAUUGGGUUUUUAAGACAUUUGUGAAAACAGGCCUCGGUUGGGGAACGAAGUGCCGGGAAGACUUCUGUUCUUUUUCUUGUGUAUUGAAAUGUAAACUCAUGUUUGUGUGACCGCUGAAGUUUGUAAAUUUUAUUGUGGCACAUAGUUUGUCAUGCAGUUGAAGGGAAAUAUUUACCUGGUAUAAGUGCUCCAAAGAUGUAGGCACUGUGAGCGUGUGUAUGUGUGUGCGUGUGUAUAUAAGCAGAGUUUGGAGUUUUGUUUUUUGGGGUUUUUUUCCAGA